AUGACAGCCCUAAAGGCUUUUGUCUUUACUAUCACCACUAUUUGUCUCAUAGUGUAUCAGUUCUUGGGUGACUUGUUUGGAGGUGCAUUAUCAUAUGUUUUCUCACACCCAAAUUGGCCCUUUCUUCUUCUAUUUGUUUUCCGCUACCUUCGACUCGUCCUUAAUACGGUAUUUUCUUACUUUAUCUAUCGACCUGCUGAAGUAAAUGCGUUGCCGUCCUACACUCCCUACAAUGUCACUGCUAUCCUUCCAACAGUUGACCCUCACAACAAAGACUUCAUAGAAUGUGUGAGGACUUGUCUUGCUAAUAAACCUCGACAACUCAUAAUUGUGGUUGUAGGCAAGCAAGUAGCAGAAGAUACGGAAAAUAUUGUGGAGCAAUUUCGCCGAAAUAGCUCCAUCAUCACUGUUCUUUUCAUAUCGGAGACUAGCAAGCGCAAACAAAUUGUCGAAGCAAUCCCUCAUAUUACUACAGAAAUUACAGUCCUUCUAGACGAUCAUGUAUUUUGGCCAUCACCCCAUUUUCUUCAAGGCGUCCUUGCGGCAUUUGAAGACCCCAAAGUGGGUGGAGUUGGGACUAACAAGCGCGUUCGACGUACGGAGAAAGGGUUUACCUUUAAAGCAUUUUGGAACCUGAUUGGAGCUAUCUAUUUGGAAAGGAGAAACUUUGAAGCUAGGGCAACUAAUGCUAUUGAUGGCGGUGUGUCAACCAUCUCUGGACGUACAUCCAUACAUCGUUCCGAGAUCCUCAAGGAAAAAGAAUUCAUAGACGGCUUCACCAAUGAACGCUUCUUUUUCGGCAUGUUCGGACCCCUCAACGCCGACGACGACAAAUUCAUCACACGGUACGAGGUGCGUAAGGGCUGGGACAUAAAAAUUCAAGAUUGUGAAGAUACUCUAGUCGAGACUACACUAGGCACAUAUCCUAAGUACCUGUCGCAAUGCCUCAGGUGGGUGCGAACCCAAUGGCGAAGCAAUACUGCGAGCUUGUUGACUGACGGGACGGUCUGGAGGAGGCAGCCUUGGUGUGUGUACUCCAUCUAUAUGUCUAGCUUGGUCAAUUUUGCUUUGUUAUAUGACACAGCACUGAUUUACAACUUUCUCCGAACCACUUACUAUCAGUCGGGGGUGAGCAUCUUGUAUCUUCUUGUUUGGAUAUUUGCCAGCAAAGUGGUCAAGUUGAUCCCAUAUUUUACUCGGGAGCCAAAAGACUUGAUAUUUUUACCAGGAUAUUUUGCGUUUGCCUACUAUCACAGUUUAAUCAAGUUGUAUGCUCUUUUCACCUUUUACGUCAUAGCUUGGGGUGGACGCAAUCUUGCCCUGGCUUCCGCCAAAUGA